AUGCCUCCUAUUACACGAACCAGACGCGAAUCCUUGCGAAUUGAGCCCGAUGCAGUAUAUGCACCAGACGACGACUCUACUACCCCCAUCUCCGCAGCGACAACCGGGUCACCCAUCACUCCUCUGGCAACCUCCCCCGAUUCGGCUGCAUCAGAAUCAACUGAGGCCGACAACGAUGGGGAUGCCAUUAUAGGAUCGUCUAGCCGUAGGUCCAGGGAGAAGAGAAAACGAUCCAGAGUCACACCAGAACAGCUUAUUCAUUUAGAACGCUAUUUUGCUGUCGAUCGCAGCCCUACAGCUGCUCGUAGACGGGAGAUCAGCGAUUUACUAGGUAUGCAGGAGCGCCAAACGCAAAUCUGGUUUCAGAAUCGGCGAGCAAAAGCUAAAAUGCUUGACGGAAAAGUCAAAGACCGCAACGUUUCCAGAUCUCCAGAUACUUCUUCCUUCAAAUAUGAUGGUGACCUACACCAUGUUAUCCAUGAAGAUGAGGCUGUGACCUUUAUCCCCUGUACAGAUCUCUCAAUUGGUACUUGGAGACGCAUUGCUACUACUGUUAGUAAACACGACCUAGUGGCAUAUGUCUGCGAGGCCAAACAAUCUCUCGCCUGGUUUAUAUUAUCCGGCGGAACUGGAUUCAAGAUGGAGAUACCAUUCGACAGAAUCAUUGCGACCGAAUUUAAUCACACUAGUCCAGGCAUUGCUCAUGCUGUAUUUACCGUAUCUGAACCGCCACACUUCUAUCUAGAGCAUCGCAUGGCACCUCGUCCAGACGGCAGGAUGAAGCUUUCCUGGCGACAGUGUAACGACUGGACUGAAGGCGCUCAAGCAACCCACGUCCUUCGUCAUAGCUUACUGGGUUCAGCACCACAAUUGUCUCACCUCGUUCAGCGAUUGAAGCUAUACCGCUCACAUCGAAAUAUUUCUCUCCUCUCUACUCCGUACAAAGGGGACGAUUCUCUGCCAUCACCGUUGGAAAUUCCAGCUCCUCCCAUGGCUGGUUUGCUUCGCCCUCAUUUGUCGCCUUAUAGCGACGCUUCUCCAGACACUGGCAUAAAUGCUGACUCGGACCAAGUUACUUGUAAUUCCGACGGAUAUAACCCACAGCUUCGGAAUGCCCCAGUGUCGACGUCCGCAUACAGCGAGGAACAAUAUCCUCGUCUUUUUGGAAGGUACUCGACCCCCGACAUAUCCUCGUAUCACCAAUCGAGCGCUGGGGCGACCCUUGUGGCUCCCGUUUCUCGCUUAUCCACAGCUCGUCCCUACACAGUCACCCAAGAAACAUUCCCUUCCAUGUAUUCUGAUGACGUGAGCAUUGCUCAAAGUCUCCAGAGCGCUAGACGGCAUACCUGGACUAACGUUCAAGACCACGUCUCACCCUCUCUUCCAUUAUUAGGCACUUCAUUCCAUCCUGCAGCUGAUUUCAUAUACUGA